GGUGACCAAGCGUCAUGGCGGAAUAAUAUUUGUAAAUUGCAUGUUAUAUUUUCCAGCUCUAGCGCAUAUGAUCUAAUUGAUUGUCAAAACUAGUGCAAAGGUUACAUUGGAAUUGCUCAGAAUGGCAGAAUAUUUAGCGGCUAUUUUUGGUACCGAAAAGGAUAAAGUUAAUUGUUCCUUUUACUUUAAAAUUGGAGCCUGUCGCCAUGGAGAUCGUUGUUCUCGUAUUCAUAAUAAACCUACGUUUUCACAAACUGUUUUGCUGCAAAAUUUGUAUGUGAAUCCUCAGAACUCUGCCAAAUCUGCAGACGGUAGUCACUUGGUCGUAGCAAAUGUGUCUGAUGAAGAAAUGCAAGAACAUUAUGAUAAUUUUUUUGAAGAUGUCUUUGUUGAAUGCGAAGACAAGUACGGAGAGAUAGAAGAAAUGAAUGUUUGUGACAAUCUCGGUGACCAUUUAGUAGGCAAUGUAUACAUUAAGUUUCGUCGUGAAGAGGACGCCGAGAAGGCGGUGAACGAUUUGAAUAACCGUUGGUUCGGCGGGCGGCCGGUGUACGCGGAGUUGUCGCCGGUGACGGACUUCCGCGAGGCGUGCUGCCGCCAGUACGAAAUGGGUGAAUGCACGCGCAGUGGAUUCUGCAACUUCAUGCAUCUUAAGCCUAUCUCCAGGGAGCUCCGGAGAUACCUGUACUCACGCCGUAAGGGCGGGCGGCGCUCCCGCAGCCGGUCCCGCGAGCGCCGGCCGCGCCGCUCCCGCUCCCGCGAGCGCCGGCGCGAGCCCCCGCAGCGCAACUCGCGCGCCGGCCGCUACUGACCGCGACAACAGGCCUUGACACGAUCACAAACAACCCCGCUCGGAGGCGACAACUAAACACCGUCUAAGCAAACGUGCAUCAUUCACUCUUACUGCAAGUUGUAUCGGUUGAUAUUUGAGGAGCUGGCGAACAAAAGGGUAUAAUUACAUAUAAUUAAAUUUUACAAGAGCUGCAUAAAAUUGAAUGACAUACCUCCAGCUUUUGGCAUGGUUUUUAAUUUAUAAAUUUAGUAAUUUUAACGCUGUUUUAGGCGGUUUUGAUUGAAAAUUAUUUGAGAUCAAAUGCAGCAGACCCAAAACCUCCGGACUGUAAAAAAAAAAGUCGUUUGACCAGAUGCGUAUUAAUAACGUUUUGUUCGCCAGCUCCUCAUUUUUUUUAUUAUUGUUAAGACAUGUUUCAUUUAUUCAAAUGGUUUUUUAGUAACUAUUGAAUCAAAUUACUUAGUUAUUAUUAACAAAAGAAUAUAAGUAGAGAAUAAUUACAUACAAACAAACGUACAGGUCUAAUCGAGAACAUUCGCUUUUAAAGUUUGUUAAAACUUGUAAACGUCAGUCAAAAGUUCAUGUUGCUUAGAUUCUUUUGAUAAGUAUAUGAUGACGUUUAUAGCCACUUGGUCACUGAAAACGCUUACCUACAGACUGGUGAAACGUAACAUUGAAUGUAUAAUUCUGCCGUUCUUCACUAGAACCGCAGAAUUCUGCCUUUCAUUAUUACAUUUUCGCUAUAAGCAUGGACACGUAGUGAGCUCUUACCGUGCAUUCACUACGAAUUUAACCUAAGAAAAUUACAAAAAUAUCUUGGCAAUAAAGUUGUAACACGCGUAUCUCUUACUAGAAUUUGAUUAUUGAAACUAGCCGUUACUCUAUCUUGUUGUAAUGAAGAAAAUGAUGGAAAUAGUUUCAAACAAACUUAUAAGUUUAUUGGCGUCUUUGAGCACGGCCUUAGUGUAGGGUCUAAGUGCCCGUUUUGAUCGUCGAGUUGAAGCGUGCGGCGUUACUGUUACACUCAUGCUAUAAAUAACACAUAAUGUCCUUAGUAGGAGUAAGAGAGAAGUAGACUCCAAUACUCAAGAAAUUGAUCGCAUUUUGUAAUAUGUAGGUGACGUCAGAAGCCAUAAAACCGGCGGGCGUGUAUGAAAAGAGUAAUGUGAAUGAAGCGUAAGAUGUGUGUACGGAUCGUGUCUUAUGGCGCUCUAUUCUAUCUGCCUACCCCACCUAGGACUCGCGUGAAAAUAUAGCAGGGGGAAUUUUUUGCGUCGGUUUAAACUAACCUGUGUAUUUCAUCGGUGAGAUGAGCAAUGUCAAACGAUGACGCUCAAAGUACUACUAUACUACUCGUACGACGCAGAUACCAUGAUUAAAAUGUACCAAUGACCACAAACUGAGCGUGCAUAGUGCCAAUUAAGUGUACGACCUGCAGAUGAUUCUGUAAUAUAAAAUUUCACUUCCUUAUUCGACAUCUCCAAUUUUAGAAAGUUUAAUAUGCAUUACGCCAUUACACCGCAAUAUGUCACAAUGCCUGUUAUAGAAGCUAGAAAUUGAUUGUGACAUUUGUCAAAAAGUCGAAUUAUCAUUGAUAUCUAAAGAGAUUUCAUGUUACAGAAUACAUCCUUACCUAAACUAAUUACGUGCUUUCAUCGGUCAUCGGGCGGGACGAGUUUACCGUGAGUGGCCACAGUGCACGCUCAGUGAUUGUAAAAGUUGGUACGUGUUGAUCUUAAAUAAAUAAUAAAUAAAUCUAUGUCGUAUGAUCAUUCCUUCGAACGACAUCGUUUAACAACGCUCGAUUCACUGCUGCAAAAUAGAAACUGGUUUGAACUAGCACGCGCUGCAAACAAACCCGCUGUUGCCCACGCGUCACUUGGCCUUCGCGAAGCUUAUACUAGCUACAAUAGCAUAGUGCUAUUCAAACUUUACAGUUAAGUUGGCAACGUACAUAACUACGCUACGCGUAGAUUUUAGACAGUGAAACCCAUAGACAUAAUAAAUGGUCUGAGCGACACUCCCAUACAAUUAACAAUAAAUGUAGUAUCCGUGAUAAAAGCUAUAUUUCAAGUAGUUAUUAUAUCCAUACAUCAAAGUAUUCACACGGGAGAGAAACCUUAUAAAUAGAAACCUUAUAAAUGUAAUGUCUGUGAUAAAAGAUUUACUACUAAUUAAUGUCUGUGAUAAAAGAUUUACUUAAACUGGCCAUUUAUCCAGACAUAAAAGAAUUCAUAGGGAGAGAAACCUUAUAAAUGUAAUGUCUGUGAUAAAAGAUUUACUACUAAUGUUAGUUUAUCCAGACAUAUAAGAAUUCACUCGGAAGACAGAACUUAUAAAUGUAACGUUAUUCAGACAUCAAAGAUUUUA